AAUACCCCGAGAUCGGAGAUGUCAGGCAGUCAGGGGACGAGGGGAGAAAGUCAGAGCUGCUGAGACCCAACUGGCUGGAGCUGCUGCUGGGAUCACUAAGAGCGCUCUUGUCGCAGCCAACUCCUCCAGCACCAAAAAGGUAAAACAUCACUAUGAAGCUGGCAGUUCUCUGUUUAUGCCUUAUCAGCAUCACUGAUGCAUGGCCAGUGAGUAAAUCCAAGCAGCAUGCCUUUUCUGCCAGCUCCGAAGAAAAAUAUGACCCCAGGGGCCAUCACUCACACAGAUAUCACCACCACAUGAAUUCUCGGUCUUGGGAGAGUCUGCAGCAUCCACAGAAUGACCUGGCAUCACCUCAGCAGACUCUUUACUCUUCAGAAGAAAGCGUGGAUGUCCCAGUGCAACCGCACCUUCCUGAUAUGCCAAGCAAGAGCCAUGAAGAUGUGGAUGAUGACGACGAUGAUAACGAUUCCAAUGACACGGAUGAAUCUGAUGAGGUUGUCACAAGUUUUCCCACAGACAUUCCAGUAACAGUACCCUUCCCUCCAUUCACCCGGGGAGACAACGCCGGCAGAGGUGACAGCGUGGCCUACAGGGUGAGGGCAAAAGCCACAGUGGUGAAGUCUAGCAAACUCCGCAAGGCUGCAAAACAGCUCAUUGAGUAUGAUGCCACCACGGAGGAUGAGAGCGCCCUGGAUGCGGACAGCCAGCAAGCAGGGUUCUCCCAGGAGCAUCUCGCUGCCCGCCGCUCCCUGGGGAAGCAUGCCAUCAGUGGGGAAUGGGCUGACAAGAGCCAUGGGCAGGACAGCAGCGAGCUGGACAGCAAGCAGCGUGACCAGAGCAUGGAAAAUGACAGCCGGCAAAAAUUUGAUAGCCAUGAGGCAGGAGAUGAUAGCAAGGCUGGUGCCAGAGGGGAUAGCCGCCAGAGCAUGGAAAGCAGGGAGAGCCAGGCCCACGUAUCAGCUGAGAGCCGCGAUGAUAACAGCAAUCAAACGCUGGAGAGCGCUGAGGAUGCACAAGAUCAUCACAGCAUCGAAAAUAACGAAGUCACCCUUUAAAGGGAGACAAACACAAUGUUCCCCUUCUGUUUCGAUUCCUAAAUAAGGGGUGUAGGAGGGGGAGUAGCUUCAUUUCGGGUAACUGCUAACGUAGAGCGCGUGGUGACUUUGGGGGUUUGGGGCACCUUCUUUACCCAGUGGUCUCCCCUCAGCCGCCAGCAGCGCCAGCCCCCCGCACCGCACGCCACCGCCGGCCUCACAGGCUAGCCAGACCCACGCCACAGGAGCGAUGGAGCGAGCGUUACCUCCCUGGCACACUGCUCUCUGUACUGCCAGCCUGUAUUUUUGCUGUAACUGGAUUGAAAUAAAACCACAAAACCCUG